UCCAUCUUGCAAGAACCGGCUGAUAAAUUUGGAAAUGAUCCAUCAGUUGAGAUGAUGUGGGCAGUAAAGGCUUAUGAACAUGCUGAAACAUAUUUCAAUAUUCUGAUAUCAGUAGAUCCAACGAAGUUAAAGUUGUGCAAACUUGAUAAUGAGUUAUACUCCAAAUUCAGAGGAAAGUUUAAAGAUCUGAAGAUUGACAAAAUAGUUGAGAAUGAUAUCAAAUCGGAGGAAGCUAAACAGCAAUGGAGAGAGUUCUGCGAAGAGUUCAAUAGUCAAGUAGCUGAUUGGAACAUGGCGACGUUGUUGAGACUUGACAGUUCGCUUGAUGUUUCAGAGCAUAAUACAAUCAUUGUACCAAGAACACAGUUCCUUGCAAUAGAGAUAGCAAGGAAUAGGGAGGGCCUCAACUCUGACCUACGAACCAAGUAUUCACCAAAAAGAAUUAAAGAUUCCAAUAACGAACCGACUGAAAAAUAA